AUGAGUCAUGUGCCGGGAAAUGAGCUCGGGCUAGAUCAGCAGUUUUCUGGUCUAGACAUGAACUCCCCUGAUAAUCAGAGUGGAGGAGGAAGUACAGCAAGCAAAGGGCGCCAUAUACCUCCUCACUUAAGGAACAGGGAAGCAUCUAAAGGAUUUUAUGAUAAGGACAGUUCAGGGUGGAGUUGUAGUAAAGACAAGGAUGCCUACAGCAGUUUCGGGUCUAGAGAUUCAAGAGGAAAGUCCAGUUACUUCAGUGAUCGAGGAAGUGGAUCAAGGGGAAGGUUUGAUGAUCGUGGACGGAAUGACUAUGGUGGUAUCGGCAGUCGUGGUGACAGAACCGGUUUUGGCAAAUUUGAACGUAGUGGACACAGUCGUUGGUGUCACAAGUCAGAUGAAGAUGGUUGGUCAAAGCCACUUCCACCAAGUGAACGCUUGGAGCAGGAACUCUUUUCUGGAGGAAACACUGGGAUUAACUUUGAGAAAUACGCUGAUAUACCAGUAGAGGCAACUGGCAAUAACCGUCCUCCACAUAUUGAAAGUUUCAGUGAUGUUGAGAUGGGAGAAAUUAUCAUGGGUAACAUUGAGCUUACUCGUUACACUUGUCCUACUCCAGUGCAAAAACAUGCCAUUCCUAUUAUUAAAGGAAAAAGAGACUUGAUGGCUUGUGCCCAAACAGGGUCUGGAAAAACUGCAGCAUUUCUUUUGCCCACCUUGAGUCAAAUUUAUACAGAUGGUCCAGGUGAGGCUUUAAAGGCUGUGAAGGAAAAUGGAAGGUAUGGAUGCCCUAAACAAUAUCCAGUCUCCUUGGUUUUAGCCCCAACAAGAGAAUUGGCUAUACAGAUCUAUGAGGAAGCCAGAACAUUUUCAUACCGGUCUCGAGUUCGUCCUUGUGUGGUAUAUGAUGGUGCUGAUAUUGGUCAGGAGUUUCGAGACUUAGAACGUGGAUGUCACUUGUUAGUCGCCACUCCAGGACGCCUGGUGGAUAUGAUGGAAAGAGGAAAGAUUGGGUUAGAUUUCUGCAAAUACUUAGUGUUGGAUGAAGCUGAUAGGAUGCUGGAUAUGGGGUUCGAACCUCAAAUACGUUGUAUAGUUGAAGAAGAUACUGUGCCACCAAAGGGUGUCCGCCACACCAUGAUGUUUAGUGCUACUUUUCCUAAGGAAAUUCAGAUGCUUGCUCGUGAUUUCUUGGAUGAAUAUAUAUUUCUGGCCAUAGGUAGAGUUGGCACUACCUCUGAGAACAUCACACAGAAAGUAGUUUGGGUAGAAGAGUCAGAUAAACGGUCAUUUCUACUUGACCUCUUAAAUGCAAUAGGGAAGAAUUCACUGACUUUAGUUUUUGUGGAGACCAAAAAGGGUGCUGAUUCUCUGGAGGAUUUCGUAUACCAUGAAGGAUAUGCUUGUACCAGUAUCCAUGGAGACCGAUCACAGAGAGAUAGAGAGGAAGCCCUUCACCAGUUCUGCUCAGGAAAAAGCCCGAUUCUAGUGGCUACUGCUGUGGCAGCAAGAGGACUAGACAUUUCAAAUGUGAAACAUGUUAUCAAUUUUAAUUUGCCAAGUGAUAUUGAGGAGUAUGUACAUCGGAUUGGCUGUACAGGAUGUAUAGGAAACCUUGGUCUGGCCACCUUAUUUUUCAAUGAAAGAAAUAUAAAUAUCACAGAGGAUUUGUUGGAUCUUCUUGUUGAAGCUAAACAAGAAGUGCCAUCUUGGUUAGAAAAUAUGGCUUAUGAACACCACUAUAAGGGUAGCAGUCGUGGGCAUUCUAAGAGAGUCAGUGGAGGAUUUGGUGCCCGAGACUAUUGACAAAGUAGCGGUUCUGGCAGUUCUAGCUUUAGUAGUAGUCAUGCAAGCAGCAGCUGCAGUGGUGGAGGUGGUCAUGGCAGCAGCAGAGGAUUUGGUGGAGGUGGCUAUGGAGGCUUCUAUAGUAGUGAUGGAUACGGAGGAAAUUGCAGUUCUCAGGGGGUUGACUGGUGGGGCCACUGAAUCCGCUUCACAGCAAAGUCACCCUUUUGAAAAAGCUAAUAUGGAAACCACAUGUAACUUAGCCAGACUAUACCGUGUAGCUUCAAGAACUAGCAGUACAUUACCAACUGUGAUUCUCCUGAAAAUUCAAGGGAGCUC